AUGGUCCACCAGCACGGCGACGAGCACGACAUUCCGCCUCACUAUCGGGUCAACAAGCCAGGCGCAUGGCUCCCCGCAGACCACCGCGUGCACCGCGAAUUCCUCCGGCGCGUGACCGAGCACGUCGACGCCCACCCGCCGCAGGCCCUGACGCCGGCGCUCGAGGAGCUGCGCGCGCUCAUCGAGGGCACGCCGCGCAUCUACAUGUACUUUGUGCAGAUGUUUGACGAGAUCCCCCGCAGGCAGCCGUACCUGCGCGACCCGACGGGCUCGCGCCAGAUCCGCGACUACGGCCAGCUGCUGCAGGUGCUGAACCACAUCGUCACGCGGGCGCCCGAGUGGACCGACGCGGCCGAGAGCGUGGGCGUCGUGGGCGUUCCGUUUUGCAGCCUGCUGGACUACCCGAUGGCGACUCCGAGUGGCCACGCCGCCUUCCUCGACCCAGACGUCAACAGGGCUCUGAAAAAGGUGCUCAACGAAUGGGGCAAAUUCCUCCAGACGCCCGAGUCGGCAGCGGUCCUCGACGACCACAAGCUGGGCUGGUUCGGCCCCACGGGCAUCAGCGACCUCAUGCAGGUGGCCAAUGCCCCCUACCAGUCGGCCAUGAAGUUUGAGGACAUGUACGUCUGCGACCCGUCGGCCAAGCGCUACGGCUUCAAGUCGUGGGAUGCCUUCUUCACCCGCCAAAUCACCGAAAACGCCCGCCCUGUCGCCUCCCCCGACGACGACGCCGUCAUCGCCAACGCCUGCGAGUCCAAGGUCUUCAACAUCGCGCACGGCGUCAAGCUGCGCGACACCUUCUUCAACAAGGGCCAGCCCUACUCGGUCCUCGACAUGCUCGCCCACGACGCCCUCGCCCCGCGCUUCGCCGGCGGCACCGUCUACCAGGCCUUCCUCUCCGCCCUCUCCUACCACCGCUGGCACGCCCCCGUCGCCGGCACCGUGCGCCGCGCGCGCGUCGUCGACGGCACCUACUUCAGCGAGCCGCUCUUUGAGGGCGUCGGCGAUCCCUCCGUCAAGGACAUUGAUCGUCGGGGCAUCUCGGUUGCCCAGGGCUAUCUCUCCGCGCUGGCGACCAGGGCCAUCAUCAUCUUCGAGGCGGAUAGCCCGGCCAUUGGCCUCGUCGCCUUUGUGGGCAUCGGCAUGGACGAGGUUAGCACCUGCGAGAUCACCGUCGCAGAGGGCCAGCAUGUCGGCAAGGGCGACGAGAUUGGCAUGUUCCACUUUGGCGGCUCCAGCCACUGUCUGCUGUUCCGCAAGGAGGUCAAGCUCAAGGGCUUUCCCACCGUUGGAAGGGCAGCGAAUGUACCGGUGCGAGGCAAACUGGCCGAGGUCGUAUCAUAG